ACCAACCUGGCUUUGUUUGUCUUGUUCAUUUUCUUUUUUCAUCUCUUCAAAGUUCAAAGUUCAAAGUUCAAAGUUCAGUUCAAAGGGUCUUCACACUAGACCUGUUUUUUUGUUCAGUGCAUAUUGUGCGUGACGCUCACGCUUGCUUCAGAAUUCGCUAUAUAUAAAUAGAGCGCGCGGGAGGCAGAGUCUGCACAGGCACAAACUUCAAACCAUAAACAGAAAAAACCAAGACCAAAAACAGAACACUCACAGAGUCACACACACACACACACACACAGAGAGAGAGAGAGAGAGAGAGAGAGAAGAAAACAAUGGAGGUGAAGGAGAACGGACCGAGAAACCAGCCUUCGAGUGAAGCCAUAGAUGGACCCACCAACCCGAUGGUUACGCCUCUGCUCACAGAUCUCUACCAAUUCACCAUGGCUUACGCUUACUGGAAAGCUGGCAAGCAUCAAGAACGUGCUGUGUUCGAUUUGUAUUUUCGGAAGAAUCCAUUUGGUGGGGAAUAUACUGUCUUCGCUGGUUUGGAGGAAUGCAUAAGGUUCAUAGCUAAUUUCAGACUCACUGAAGAGGAGAUUGAUUUUGUUAGGGAAAGUUUAUCUGCUUCUUGUGAGGAUGGAUUCUUUGACUAUCUUAGAGGAAUUGACUGCUCCGAUGUUGAGGUGUAUGCUAUUCCUGAGGGAUCGGUUGUUUUUCCUAAGAUACCCCUGUUGAGAGUUGAAGGUCCAGUUGCUGUUGUUCAAUUGCUGGAAACACCUUAUGUGAAUCUAAUUAAUUAUGCAUCAUUAGUUUCUACCAAUGCUGCAAGGCAUCGUAAUGUUGCUGGAAAAUCCAAAACUCUACUUGAGUUUGGACUACGAAGAGCUCAGGGCCCUGAUGGUGGAGUGGGAGCGUCGAAGUACUGUUAUAUUGGUGGAUUUGAUGCAACAAGCAAUGUUGCAGCAGGAAAGUUAUUCGGGAUACCCCUACGUGGUACUCAUUCCCAUGCCUUCGUUAGCUCAUACAUGAGUCUUGAUGAGAUUACAGACAGGUCACUUCGUAGAAAAGAUGGUUCAAGUAUAUGUGAAGAUUUUGUUAGUCUGGUUCUAACAUGGCUGAGCAAAAUACAGUUGUCAAAUGGUGUCUUUGGCGAGACCAAUCUAAGCGAGUUGGCAGCAUUCACAUCUUAUGCAUUGGCAUUUCCUGAUGGCUUUCUUGCCCUUGUAGAUACAUAUGAUGUGAUGAGAAGUGGAAUUCCUAACUUCUGUGCAGUCGCAUUAGCUCUCAGAGAUUUAGGAUACAAAGCAGUUGGCAUUAGAUUGGACUCUGGUGACCUUGCAUAUUUGUCUUGUGAGGCCAGGAAGUUCUUCUGCUCUAUUGAGAAAGAAUUCAAAGUGCCUGAAUUUGGGAAGUUGACAAUCACUGCUAGUAAUGACAUCAAUGAGGACACAUUAGAUGCUUUAAACAAACAGGGUCAUGAGGUUGAUGCCUUUGGAAUUGGUACAUACCUAGUCACAUGUUAUGCUCAAGCUGCUUUAGGUGUUGUUUUCAAGCUGGUUGAGAUAAAUAACCAGCCUCGUAUCAAACUUUCUGAAGAUGUGUCAAAGGUCUCUAUUCCAUGUAAGAAGCGAUGUUAUAGGUUGUAUGGCAAAGAAGGUUAUCCCCUGGUAGACAUAAUGACUGGGGAAAAUGAACCCUCUCCAAAGGUGGGAGAAAGAAUUCUGUGCCGUCAUCCCUUCCAAGAAUCCAAGAGAGCAUAUGUGGUGCCACAGCAUGUUGAGGAGCUUCUAAGGUGUUACUGGCCUGGGAAUUCAGAUAAAAAGAGAGAAAUUUUACCACCCUUAAGGGACAUUAGAGAGCGAUGCAUCAAGCAACUUAUGCAAAUGCGACCUGACCACAUGAGGAAACUUAACCCAACUCCAUAUAAGGUUAGUGUAAGUGCAAAAUUAUAUGAAUUCAUUCAUUUCUUGUGGCUCAAUGAGGCACCAGUUGGGGAGCUGCAGUAAUAAUACGGCAAAUAAAAUGGCAUGCCUUCAGAAGUCAAUAAUCAGGGCAAAAAGAAGAUGUCGAUAGAAAUUUCUUUCAUACAAUAUAGAUGUAUUCAAUGUGUUCUGACUGUUUUCAAAUUAUAUGAUUCUGUAUAUUUCAGUUGGAGGAACCAUUAUUAUUCUUUUGAGACCUAUGUGCAAAUAAUCCAUAUUUGCCCUUGAUCACAUUGCUAUCUAAUCUUUAAUUAUAUAGCCGAACUUC